AUGGCUCUUACCGGCAGGAUUCCUCGUGAUUUUGGAAACCUCACAUUUCUUGUUUCUCUUGAUUUGGGAAGGAACAAUUUCCAUGGAAAUUUGCCUCAAGAAAUGGUAUGCUUACGUCGACUUAAGUUUCUUGAGUUAAGUUUUAACAAAUUCAGAGGGGAAAUUCCUUCUUGGUUUGGGUUUUUAGAACAACUUCAAGUUUUAAAUCUUAGAAAUAAUAGUUUCACUGGUUUCAUUCCCCCGUCACUCUCGAAUGCCUCAAAGUUGGAGACUUUACAAAUAUCUGCCAAUUUACUUGAAGGAAACAUCCCAGAAGAGAUUGGCAAUCUUCACAACCUGAAAUUGUUGUCCAUACAAAAUAAUAAGCUUACGGGUUCAAUACCAUUCACAAUUUUCAAUAUUUCUAGAAUCGAAGUCAUCUCAUUUUCAAACAAUAGCAUAUCAGGAAAUCUUCCCAAUGAUUUAUGCAAUCGUCUUCCAAUACUCAAAAAGCUUCAAAUGUCAAUGAACAAGCUUGAUGGUCAUAUGCCUAAAAGCUUGUCAAAUUGUUCACAACUUCAAAUAUUGGCUUUAACAAGAAAUGAUUUUGAUGGACCAAUACAUAGUGAAAUUGGAAGAUUGAGCAACUUGCAGAUACUGUUGCUCGGAUCCAACCAUUUCACAGGUAUGUUUUAUCUUACUAGUUUCUGGACACGUGUGUGCUCAUCUAAAUUGACAUAA